AUGAAAUCCUCCAGUUCACUGGGGUCAUCAAGAGUGGUGAUUUCGCGCAUCGGCGUUCGCUGUGAACGAAUUGGCCGACAGCUGGACGAUGAAGAACUGUCAAAAUUGUAUUGUCCAAAAAGGCAUGUUGGUGGUACCGAUGUUGUGCCACCGUUUGCCACCACUGCCGAGGUUGUUGUAUCGGUUGCUGCUGCAGCGACGAUUGAAGGUGUCGAAGUACCACCGCCACCAUUGGUAGUUGUUGAUGCAAGAGGAAUGGAAUUUUGGAGUGAACAUCGAUCCGGUGGACUGGUUGCUGGCAACCCACUGUUUGAAUGUGGCGUUGGGAAAGUCCGCACUCCGGAACUGUUUGUUUUUCUCUUGGAUAAAUAA